AUGAGGGAGAUCAGCUACAGCAACUGCAGGAGGAUGAGCGAGAGAGAGCAGCAAAGGAGAAAGAGUGAUAAGAGAAGGAAAGAUGGAGCACAGGAGGGAAAAAAGAGGGUAACCACUACAUUGUCUCCGGGCUCAAGUCAUGCCAGGAAGUGCAAUGAAACUGAGAAGACAUACUGCGUUAACGGUGGAGACUGUUAUUUCAUACAUGGUAUAAAUCAGCUGUCCUGCAAGUGUCCAAAUGACUAUACCGGUGAACGCUGUCAAACCUCCGUUAUGGCCGGUUUCUACAAGCAUCUUGGAAUUGAAAUCAUGGAGGCUGAGGAAUUGUACCAAAAACGUGUGCUGACGAUAACGGGCAUCUGCGUGGCACUGCUGGUGGUUGGCAUCGUGUGUGUAGUGGCAUACUGCAAAACCAAGAAACGAAGGAAGAAGAUGCAUAACCACCUGCACCAGAACAUGUGUGCGGAGCAUCCGAACCACAUGCUGGCCAACGGACCCAACCAUCCCGGCCCCGUCCCUGAGGAAAUCCCCAUGGUGGAUUAUAUAUCUAAGAAUGUCCCAGCAACGGAGCGAGUAGUACGACAUGGAACAGAGACAUCAGGCAAUUUCUCGGGCAGCCGAAUGUCGUCACGAUCCCACCAUACCUCCACAGCUUCUCAUGUUUCCAGUCACCGGCAUGAGGAGCGCACAUGGAGUAUGGAGGGGACGGACAGCAUGCACUCUGACUGUCAGUCGGGGGCGAUCUCUUCCUCCGUUGGCACCAGUAAAUGCAGCAGCCCGGCGUGUAUGGAGGCUCGUGCCCGCCGUGCUGCAUACUGUGGUUAUCCUGAUGCUACACAGUGCCCCCUACAGUACGGAGACUCUUACGAUUCCCUGCGGGACUCACCUCACAGUGACAGGUACGUGUCUGCUCUGACCACGCCGGCGCAUCUAUCUCCGGUGGACUUUCACUCCUCACUGCCCCCGCAGGUGCCUACCUUUCAGAUCACCACGCCCAACGCCAACCAUGCCCUCUCCCUGCCGCCCGCCGCCUCUGCCAUCGCCAUGGCGGCCUACUCGCCCGACGAUGACCAGCCCCUCCUGCACCGCUACCGCCGAUCCCGACGCCCAUAUUACAUGGCGGAGAGCACGGGCUCCCUCCCGUCCAGCCCGUACCGCUUUGUGGAUGAUGAGGAUUAUGAGACCACACAGGAGUACAUGUCCUCCCGAGAGCAGCCGAAGAAGAGCAGCAGUGGCCGCCGUUGGCACAGAAGGUCGCGGGUCAACGGCCACGUGUCACAGCGUACGCCGGGCCCCAGGAACUACAGCUCUCAAAGCUGCCUGUCGGACAGUGAGUGGGAGGACGAUGUGGUUGGCGACCUUGGCCAUGGCGAGAGCACGCCGUUUCUCAGUAUGCAGAACAUGAAUGCCACAGAACCGGCCACCAUCUACCGACCCAACAACACGCGGACUUUCAGCAACAUGGGACGCUCGGGCUCCCGUGGCAACGUGCAGGCCAACAAACUGUCGCAGUCGCGGUCCAGACCAGACAAUGCACCCCUUUAAAAAAGAACAAUAAGAGCAAGGACGAACAAACUUGCAUAGGCGUGAAAAACAAAUGAUAUGCUAUAGACCUGCACCUAUGAGAAAUAUUUUUUAUUUUGUAUAACAGACAGAUAUUCUAAACAAAUGAAAUAUUUAUUUUCAUUUCAGCAAAAAUUGUCUACUAGCUAGCAGCAAAGACUUUUUUUAUAGGGGAAAACUAUUUAUAUGUAAUUCCUUUUUUUUUUUUAUUUACAGCAUUACUAAGAAGAAUUACGUGCCAAUUUUUUCACAAGCUAGAAAUAGAAUAAUAUUGUGGUGCCUUUUGCUGUUUGCCGACGAGGGAGGUUCAGUUGAAUUUUUGUAGCCUUUCUUAAAAACAGACUCUUGGGUUUUAUAGACAUGUUUUCCUGUUUUUUCUUUGUUCGUUAGUUUCAUUUCUUCAGGAUCUCCCCAUUUGAACUGUGAUAUUAUUCAGACACCAUGCAAUAUCGAAUCACUUCUGUGUAAGGUGUUUGUUUACAUGAGUAGGAUUCACGCGCACACAUAACCGACGUUAAAUCGCAUCGGAUGCCGAUUCGUUCGAGCAUCCGAGUGCCGACUUUAGUUUCUACGUUCUACGUUUUCUUUUCUCUCAACUGGUUGUUGUAUAUUGUUUCCAUGGAAACAGAGGUACGCAGGAGUUCACAGGGCAUGACGCUGGGUCGCAGUAUCGGCCCUGGUGUUCAGGGUUCUCAAAACGGUGGUCUGUGCGUCCAAUGAAUGUGUUUACACUUCUGUCUGUGUGCGUGAGAGUACCGUUGAACCUCAGUGUAUACGUACGUGUCUUUGUGUACGCAGUUUCGUGCGAGAACGCAUUUCGUUCGUGCGUUCGCAUUGUGUUUGUCUUCAGGUUAACGUUUCGAGCGCGUGUGCGUGUUGUGAGUUUAGACGUGCGCCUGUGUGUAUACGUAUGCUUGUACUCUUUUUAGGAUGUUGGCUUUGUCGAAAGGGAGCUCUAUUACGUCACCAGGUUAUCGCUAAAUGGUUAAACCCCCUAGUGGUGACACGAGCUCAUUGCACUGUAACCUUCCUUCGUUCCUUGUGUAGUCAUUGGCCUGCGGAGGAACCAAUCCAGCCUGAUUCUAGCCUACACGGACCUACAUCUCUCUCCCACACCUUCCCAUUCCUAUGCCAGCAGCUUUAAGCCGCACUGUGUCUCAGGACUUUUCAUUGAAAUCUGCAUUGCCCAUAAAACAGAUUCAUUACUGCCCGUCGUGUCUGCAUCAUGCUGGGAAGACGAUGAAGAACGAUACGACCAGAUGUGUUUGUCUCCGAAAUGCUCCAUGUUUUGUUGGUUGUC